CACGUGGUCCCCGGUGGGUCACGUGGGGCGGAAGCAGUCGGAGCGACCGGGAGAUGCGCCGCUUCCAGAGGCCGCCCGAGUUCGAGGCCUGUCCGCAGGCGGCGCCCCGGGGGAUCGGCGACCCCUCCUCGGAGCUGUGGCUCAUCAAAGCGCCCGCCGACUUCGAGCCUCGUAGUUUCUCUGGGAAGAAGGUCCCGUUGGUUGGUUUUCAAUCGCUCAGGUCGAAAAUAUGCGAGGACAAAGUUUACAACGUGUUUGCCACGACAGGCGGUGCGGGUAACAUCUGCCUGAUCCUCCCCUCGGAAGCAGGGGGCAAGAUGGAGAGCUGCUCAGAGUUUGCCGGAUGCCUCACCAUCGACGAGAACUGGGAGGGGGCGGGCGUCGGAUCUGAGCCGAGCUCCAUCCCCACCAGCCCCACUCCCAGCAUCCCGCCGGGCUUGAAGCUACGGUUCCAACCCUUCGGGGUGGGCCCGCCGGGGUGGUCGCCCAGGCAACGGCAGCCGGCGCCAAAGCGCAGGAAGAAAAGGGCAAGGGAGGAGCCUGAGAGCGGCGGGCUCGAAACCAGCUCCCAAGCCACGGACUCGGAAACUCUGGGUGACUCCGGGAAAAAGAAGAAGAGAAGGAAGCAGCAGGAGGUGGUGCCGGAAGUGGAAACGGAUUGCAAGCCGAGAAAGCGGAAGAGGAACCGAGAUGAGAGCCUCCCGGUUGUGCCCAAUGAAUCAGAACACAAACACAAGAAGAAGAAGAAGAAGAAGGAUAAAAGUUAAAUUGUCGACUUGACGCCCUGCCGGGGACGGGGCAUCCCGUGACAGUUGGGUUGCGGAGGCACCAGUCUGGGGACGCUCUCCACCCAGCCCCUGGAAGUGGCGGGUUUCACUCCUGUAUCAGGCGGUGGGUGGCACCUGUGUCACUUGCUGGAGGAGCACACCCUCUGAUUCAGUGUUAAAUGCCCAUGUGAGUGUCCAUGGCUGGGCCGCUGCAGGAAACGUUCGCCCUCUACUCCAGGGUGACUCUCACCAGCUAUGUCAAGGGAUUCCAGCACCUCUGAGUGGACACUUUCUCAAACCAAGGGUCAUGUGCCAAGGUAUAGAACAAGUAGAAAGGGUUCAAUGGCCUCCCGCUGGUCCUUGUUUCCCCAGAUUGAAGGUGGCAUGUCAGAGGAGUCUCUCCAUUGAGAGCAUCGCUUGGAAGUUAUCACCCUUGGCCAAUAUCCAUCUGAGCCUGCGGUUACUGAAGAACAUUGGCUUUAAAGCCUCCCUCCUUGCUCUUGGUCCUACAUACAGAACUGUGCAAGACAGGCGUGUGUAUUCACAGCUAGGGUGCCUAAGACUUUUGCACAAUACCGUAGCAAUUUUGUUUAUUGCACUGUACUGCUGCCACAAAAAAGUAAAUUCCAUAACGUAUGUGAGUGAUGAUAAACCUGAUUCUGAUCUGGGUCUCUGUUGUAGACUGAGAGUGGGAAGGGGGCAGGGAGAGGGGAAUCGUGGUUGGGAAAAGGGGAAGGGAGAGGGG